UAGUUAAUUCUAGAAUAGUCCGUUAUAGAUAAAACCCUCCCAUCCCAAUCUUCAUUUUUAGGGUUUUUAUUAUCUUCAAUUCUUUCAUUUCAAUUUCAACGCCACUCUCACACAAAACCCAAUCUUUUAUCUUCUUCCUCCUCCAACAACAAAUUAAGUGUAAAUGGCUUCUUCUCAGUUGACAGCAUCAUCAAUUUCUACCAGGAACGUUGCGUCCUUUCAAGGACUUCGACCUUCUGGAGUUCAGUUUCAUGGUGCUAGAAAUGUUAGAAUUGGUAACCCUGCACGAAGGUCCUUCAAGGGUGUGGUUGUCAAAGCAGCCAAUGUCGUUGCCCCCAAGUACACCGCAAUUAAGCCUUUGGGUGACAGAGUACUUGUAAAAGUUAAGGAAGCAGAAGAGAAGACAGAGGGUGGAAUUUUGCUUCCAUCAACUGCUCAAUCAAAGCCUCAAGGAGGUGAGGUGGUUGCUGUUGGAGAAGGAAAGACACUUGGAAAGAACCAAGUUGAUAUCAGUGUGAAGCCAGGCGCACAAGUUGUGUAUUCAAAGUAUGCAGGUACAGAGGUAGAUUUCAAUGGCGAGAAGCAUCUUAUUGUGAAGGAUGAUGACAUUGUUGGCAUCCUUGAAACCGAUGACAUCAAGGAUCUUAAACCAUUGAACGAUAGAGUCCUGAUUAAGAUUGAAAAAGCUGAGGAAAAAACUUCUGGUGGUUUGUUUCUCACAGAAGCAACCAAGGAGAAACCUUCAUUUGGAACAGUCGUAGCAGUUGGUCCAGGGUUCGUGGAUGAGGAAGGCAACAGAAAACCUUUGUCUGUUACUCCUGGGAACACAGUUUUGUACUCCAAAUACGCCGGUAAUGACUUCAAAGGAAAAGAUGGUUUCGAGUACAUAACAUUGAGGAGUUCAGAUGUCAUGGCUGUUCUCUCUUAGAAAAUGAACAUGCAUGAUCCACUCUUACAUAAGGCACUGCAAUUUGUUACUAGUUUUCACCUUGUUUUGAUCAGCAAAUGAUUCAAAUAAGGUGCUACUGGUUUUCUAGGCAUCUGAAUGUUGUGUUGGUGAGUUUGAAUUCAUGUAUCAAUUUAUAGUUCAACUCUCUUUUGUCAGUUAUUAGAUAAGAUCUUGUAUUACUCACUUCAGCAGCAAUAUUUGAGAAACAAACAGGAACUUUAUAUAUUCAAUGGAAUUGUCUAGAAUUAGCUA